AAACCAAUUUUCGGGGGUAUAAAAACCAAAAAUUUGGCUUUUUAAGAAUCAAUUAUUAAAUUUCAGUCGAAGCAUAAACUUGAAGAUUGCAUACUAACUCCUAAGCGGCCAUAAAAUGAGACGUGCUUUAAUUUUGGCGACCAUUAUUUGUGUCUUUAGCGUGCUUAAUGUGGCGGAAGCACGUUGGACAACAACUACCAGAAAAAGCAGGACAACGACAACAACAACACCAACAACGAAAGCGACACCUACCACUAUUAAGACAACGACAGCAGCUGCAUCGAAUAAUGCUGAUGAUGACCGCACCUAUCAUCCCGCUGAAGUGCUUAGCCCACGACUCAUUGAGAGAUUUGAUAAACGUUCUUUGGACGGUCAUUACGAGUACAGAUAUGUCUUGAGUAAUGGAGACACUCGUUAUGAACGGGCAUACUGGAUACCAGUUGGUAAAAAGAUGGUUUUAGCAAGAAAAGGAUAUUAUUCCUAUCCAAUGCCAAAUGGAAAAUUUUUGACAGUAUUUUAUACAGCAGAUCAGAACGGUUUCCAUGAAGUAUCCUGUAAGUAUGAAAUACUAAGAAAAUUAUAUAAUUGUUAAAUAUAAAAGAUGAA